CACCAAAGCAUCACAUACAUUAUUUCUUCUCUUCUCGUUUUCUUUAUAUUAUUCCUUUUUCACUACCUUUCUCAUUUCGAAAUGGCCAACGUUGACGUUGAACAAGUGAUUGCUCCAGCAGCAGAGAACGUUGAGGUGCCAACCAAGACAGUGGAGGAGCCAGUUGUGGUUACAGAAGAAGUCGUGGCCGCGACGGAGUCUGCUCCUGCUCCAGCCGCCGUAACUGAACAAGAAUCCGAAGCAUCAGUCGUAGAAACAAGCAAAGAAGUGGUUGUGGAAGAGGCAGAGAAAGAAACUGAGAAGAAACCAGAGGAGCCAAAGGUAGAGGAGGAAGAAGAGAAGACAGAAACUCCGGUGAUUGCGGAGGAGGCAAAGACAGAAGAGAAGGAGGAGGUGACUGAAACUCCGGUGGUUGUGGAGGAGGAGAAGAAGGCUGAGGCAGAGGAAGUUGUGGCUGCUGGUGAAGUCGCCGCCGAGAAGGCCGAGGAGUAAAGAUGACGAAACUACAUAUGAUCUUUGGUCUUAUUUGUUGUUUUUAAAAUAUUUAUUUUAUCAGCAUUUCAUAAGUAUUUUCUAUCGUUUGUUGGGUUUAUUGUGAUGAAACCAGAUGUUUGGGUAAUUUGAUGGUUACUACAUUGUUUACAUGCUUGGUCGUAGCUACAAAUUACAAACCAAUAAAUGGAGUACUAGAACUAUUUUGCGUUGGCGUUAACAUUAAAAUACAUUUGCUCAUACGAUGUUAUUAAC